AUGGGUUUGAUGUCAAUGUAUGAAUCACAGUUAGGCAGUCAUCCAAUUACUUCAGGAGAGCUUGGGUACGAAAUCCAAAUACGAGAAGCGGUCGUUCGCCCAAAUUGUUUAACCAUUCUUCGCUUUAAAGGGGCUGAAACGGAAGAGUUUGGACAUUUCACAUGUCCCAAGUAUAGAGGUCAUUGCAACAGUAGCAAUACCACUGAGAAGGCAUAG